AUGGAGGGGUGGUGGAGGAAGGCUUUGGUGGUUGCAGGCGUUCUGGCGAGCUGCACAGUAAGGGUUGACGCCGCCUCCAGGGAUCAAUGGAUCAGUCGCUCCAUCUACCAAAUCGUUACCGAUCGCUUUGCACGAUCCGACAAUUCGACCACUUCCGCUUGUAAUGCCGCACAGGGCAAUUACUGUGGAGGUUCUUUCCAGGGUAUCAUCCAAAGGCUCGACUAUAUCCAAGAACUGGGCUUCGACGCGAUCUGGAUCUCGCCCGCGCAAAGCCAGAUUACAGCUCGAACAUCGGAUCUCUCAGCAUACCAUGGGUACUGGCCAAAUGAUCUCUAUUCCAUCAACUCCCACUUCGGCACUCCCAAUGACCUCAAGGCCUUAUCCUCCGCAUUGCACAAGCGUGGAAUGUACUUGAUGCUUGAUGUGGUGGUUGGAGACAUGGCUUGGGCGGGAAAUUCUUCGACCGUCGAUUACAGCAAAUUCAAUCCUUUCAACGAUCGGAAAUACUUCCACGACUUCAAGCUACUCUCUAGCGACCCACUGAAUGAUACAUGCGUUCUGGAUUGCUGGCUAGGCGACGACGUUGUCUCACUCCCAGAUCUGCGGAACGAGGACCAACAAGUCCAGCAGAUGCUGGGCACUUGGGUCUCGCAAUUAGUUUCGAACUACUCUAUCGAUGGGUUGCGCAUCGACAGUGUCUUGAACAUCCCCCCUGAGUUUUUCUCGAGCUUCAACAAAUCCGCCGGAGUCUUCCUGUUCGGCGAGGGCGCAACCCAAACUGCGGCGGAUAUCUGUCCUUUACAGCCCAAUGUGAGCGGCCUGCUGAAUUAUCCGCUGUAUUAUAUCCUGACCAACGCCUUCAAUACGACCCAUGGCGAUCUGAGCGCUAUCUAUCAGUCCAUUGAUUACACCAAGACACAGUGCGAUGAUGUUUUGGCGCUGGGAACGUUCACCUCGAAUCAAGACGUCCCGCGCUUCGGUUCGUAUACUUCGGAUCUAUCACUCGCUCGCAAUAUCCUCACCGUCAGCAUGCUGGCUGACGGUAUUCCCGUGCUCUACUACGGAGAGGAGCAGCACCUCUCGGGGGGGUAUAACCCGGUGAAUCGAGAGGCUCUGUGGCUCACGAAUUACUCGAUGGAUUCAACCUCGCUCCCGUCGCUCGUCCAAUCGCUGAACCGGAUUCGAACAUAUGCCAGCGGGGAUGGUAAACAGUACACGCUCAAAUCACAGACUGGAAGCGACUAUCUCUCGUACCUGUCAAUGCCGAUCUUCAACGCAACCAACAUUCUGGCCAUCCGUAAAGGAUUUGCUGGCAAUCAGGUUGUCAGUGUCGUAUCUAACCUGGGAGCCAAGCCUGCCACCAAAGCCACCACCAAAAUCACCCUGGGCUCCGAUGGCACGGGUUUCCAGUCCCGACAGAACGUGACGGAGAUCUUGUCUUGCAAAACAUUUGUCACCGAUACCAGCGGCAAUCUCACUGUUGACCUCAGCUCGGACGGCGGUCCUCGGGUCUACUAUCCCACUGACAGUCUGAAAAAGAGCACUAAUAUCUGUAAAGAGAAUGAUGAUGAUAACGAUGACUCCCCCACGGCCACCCCGAGUAGUUCGGCUGCUUCCACCGUCAGCCCAUCCCCUUCCACUGGUGCUGAGACUUCGUUCUUCGGUCUGUCGAUGGAGAUAAGAACGGUUUUGGUGACGGUCGCGAUGGCCACCUCCUACUUAGUCAUCUGAAUCCUCUCACCGUGGCCUCGACAGCUUUUCUCUGUUAUUCUUUGCUUUUGAUUCCUUUGAUUUUAU